AACUCGCUAACCAGUCACCCUCUUUUCUUCUCACUCUCGUCGUCUCUCCUUUUUUUCCCCGAGUCAGUUUUAGUUGUUUCGCGACACCAAAUUCCCUCACCUCUGCCAUUGCCGCCCACUCGCUCAUCCUCUCAACUACUACAGAAUCUGCCAUGCUAGUCAUCUCUGAAGCUCCAACUAUUGCCUAAUUUUACUUCUCUUCAUCCCAUUUUCCCUUGCCUUUCAAUCAGUAGUUGAAGUUCGCAGAUCUAGGGUUUAAUGGAUGCUGCCCAUGAUCCCAAAAAUUCUAUUGAACGGCGGCGCGUGAGAGAUAGAGAUGGAGAUAGGGAUCGAGACUUAGGUGUAGAUGCUGUCGCUGGUUCCAGAGAGCAUCAGCGGGUCAAAUUCUAUCGUCUGAAUGAGGAUGGCAAGUGGGAAGAUCAAGGGACUGGACAUGUCACUGUUGAUUAUUUGGAGAGAUCAGAAGAGCUCGGUCUGUUUGUCAUUGAUGAAGAAGAUAAUGAAACCUUGCUGUCGCACCGGAUCAUCCCAGAUGACAUCUAUCGAAAACAAGAAGAUACAAUUAUUUCUUGGAGAGAUCCUGAAUAUUCCACUGAAUUAGCCCUGAGCUUUCAGGAAACUGCUGGAUGUUCUUAUAUAUGGGACCAUAUUUGUAAUGUGCAAAGGAAUCUACAUUUCAGUGCGCUUAAUCAUGAUACAUUCCACAAUGUGAACAGUGAGUUACGGGAGCUGCCUGCUGUAGAGUUGUCUACGCUUCCUUUAAUAUUGAAGAUUGUGGUAGAGAGUGGCAUCACAGAUCAAAUGCGAGUGACAGAUCUUAUUUUGCAUGAUCUAGAGUUUUUCAGGAAGCUGAUGGAUCUGUUUAGAAUUUCAGAGGACCUUGAAAAUCUUGACAGCCUUCAUGUAAUUUAUAAAAUUGUCAAAGGGAUCUUAAUGCUCAAUAGUCCACAGAUUUUUGAAAAGGUUUUUGGAGAUGAGUUCAUCAUGGACAUCAUUGGAUGUCUUGAAUACGAUCCUGAUGUUUCUCAUGUUCGACAUCGUGACUUUUUGAAGGAUCAUGUCGCGUUCAAGGAGGCCAUACCAAUUAAAGAUCCCAUGGUCUUGUCAAAGAUACACCAAACAUACAGAAUCGGUUACUUGAAGGAUGUGGUUCUUCCGAGAGUAUUGGAUGAUGCAACUGUUGCAAGUCUGAAUUCUAUAGUACAUGCAAAUAAUGGUGUUGUAGUUUCUUUGUUGAAAGAAGACAACACUUUCAUCCAAGAAUUGUUCUCAAGGUUGAGGUCACCGAGCAUCUCUGUGGAGUCCAAAAACACUUUGGUUUAUUUUUUGCAUGAAUUUUGCACUUUAAGCAAGAGUUUACAAAUGGUUCAGCAGCUUCGGCUUUUUAGGGAUCUUGUAAAUGAAGGCCUCUUUGACAUCAUCAGUGACAUUUUGCAGAGUAAAGACAAACGACUUGUCUUAACUGGGACAGAUAUCCUUAUACUUUUCUUGAAUCAGGAUCCUAAUCUUUUGCGUGGUUAUGUUGUCCGACCUGAAGGAUCUCCCCUUCUUGGUCUCCUGGUGCAAGGUAUGCUUACAGAUUUCGGAGAUAAUAUGCAUUGCCAGUUUCUUGAAAUUCUCCGCACUUUGUUAGAUUCAUACACAUUGUCAGGUUCACAGAGAGAUACAAUCAUUGAGAUUUUCUAUGAGAGACAUUUGGGGCAGUUGAUUGAUGUUAUAACUUCUUCGUGUUCGGGGGGAGGAAAGUGUACAACAAAGACUCAAGCAGAAAAUUUUGUUAAACCCAACUAUACAAAGCCAGAGAUUUUAUUAAGUAUCAUCGAAUUAUUGUGUUUUUGCGUCGUGCACCAUCCUUACAGAAUAAAGUGUAAUUUCCUUCUCAACAAUUCUAUGGACAAAGUUCUAUAUUUGACCAAGAGAAGAGAGAAGUAUUUAGUUGCUGCUGCUGUGAGAUUUGUCCGCACUGUGGUUUCUCGUAAUGAUGAAAAUCUAAAUAAUUAUGUCAUAAGGCGAAACCUUCUUAAACCCAUUGUGGAUGCAUUUGUUGCUAAUGGUGAUCGGUAUAACUUGCUCAAUUCUGCUGUUUUAGAGCUCUUUGAGUACAUACGCAAGGAAGCAAACAUGAAGCCCUUGCUCAAAUAUUUGGUGGAAUCUUUUUGGAGUCAGCUAAGCAAGUUUGAAAAUCUGGCUUCUAUUCAAUCUAUUGCAGUGAGAUAUGAGCAGUCCCUGGAGACUGUUGGAAUGCAAUCUGCUGCUGUUACGGACACGAGGAAACGAGUUGAAGAACGUGCUUUGGAUAAAGAAGAGGAGGACUACUUCAAUGAGGACAGCGAUGAGGAAGAUACGGCAUCAGCUUCAAUGUCACACAAUCAUAGAGUGCAAGCACAUAAUAUUUCUUCUAAUGGCUCUGCUCCUAGCACAACAUUAAGUUCUAGACCCGGUGGACUGGUGGAUUAUGAUGAUGAUGAGGAUGAUGAAGAUUACAGACCUCCACCUAGAAGACAGCCAGAUGCUUCUGAUCGGGAUGAAGAUACGCUAGAGUCUCUAAGCGUGAAGCGGAAGCUAGCUCUCGACGAGCCAGGAUUAGUCAAGAAGCAACGGCUUGACAAAAACUCUAAAUCCAAAGAGAGCGUCUUUACUGCCUUUUGCCCGACUCUUAGCCAAGCUGUUCUUCCGAACAAAAAGGCUGCAACUACUGCACAUAAUUCCUCCGAAAGCUCAGAUACAAAAAGGGCUGUAGAAAACAAUCACCAGCUAGAGAAAGAAGCUGACGUAGUUAGAAAUCACAUUGAGGAGAAAAGUUCAGUUGGUGACAACAGAAGUGAAGAGAAAGUUGCACCACCAAACCAUUCUGAUACAUCAUCUAAUAGUCAAGAAAAUGGUCAGUUAGAAGAGGAAGAAAAUCCCCAUUUACCUACAAAUUCCUCAUCCGAGAUGACGGUAAAUGGAUCUUAAUCUUAUGAUGGGGAUGUUGGAUUUGCUUCUAGAUUGUAGAGGAGAAUCAUACCCCUUUUGGAAGAGCAGAUAUAUCAAAGUGGCAUAAUGUUGGCACUUAUACAAGUACAUUGAAGGGGUGAUUUUGUACAGAGCUAUAGCAAAGAUCCACUAUAUGACGAGAAUAUAUUAUUUCACAAGUGUCGCCUGCCUGGUGUGUUCUGAGCAUUAACAUGUUGCUUCUGUAUAAACAUGCUUUAGCAUUGAUAUUCCGCGAGUCAAAAGGUGGGUUCUGUUCUGUAAAACUUAUUUAAGUCCAAUCUUUUUUAGUUUUUGGCAAUCCUUCAUAUCUUCCAUCGUCGUGUCAAAUGAUAACGGUCUGAAUUAGCAACAAAUGGAUUGCCCAUCACUUAGUUUGCUCAUUAACGUUGCAAUUUUGUUGAGAUCGAUGUAAUAUAAAGGUACUAGUUAGUGACUUCGA